CGUGCUUCAGAGCCGUGCCACAACCCGACUCCUUUUGAAACUCAUUCUUAGUCCUCAACCAUCAUGGACGCUGGCAACCGGAAAGUUAUUCGUCACUCAAAUGGACAGUCAACCGCAUACAUUCUCGACUCUUUUGUCGACCCUUGGAAACCAGCUGAGACUAUACUACUUCAACAUGGCUUCGGGCGAACCUCGGAUCACUUCUAUCAUUGGGUUCCGGCCCUUGCCAGAAAGUACAAUGUCUUGCGUCGUGAUCUCCGGGGCCACGGCUGCUCGAGCUACCCGGGCCCCGAUGACGACGAUGUCUACCAAUACAAUACUGCCACGAUUCUAGGUGAGAUCAAGGACACCUUGGAUCAACUGAAGAUUGAUAAGGUUCACUUUAUCGGGGAGUCAACGAGCGGUAUGCUCGCAGAAAUAUUCGCCGCAACAUACCCAGAACGCGUCAGCUCCAUCAUUGUGUGUUCAUCGCCAACCCAUCUGCCGGCCUCAGCGCAGCAGUUCCUUGCUUUCGGUUUGGAAUCUUGGCCUCAAGCAUGCCGCCAACUUGGAUCAAGAGGUUGGGCAGAACGGCUUCUUGGUGCGAGCGGCACUGUGGCGAGUAGUGAUCCCGACUACCUCGCAUGGUGGAAGGACAAGGUUGCUGUCAGUGACGGAGAGGGGCUUGCAGGAUAUGCCGAAUUCUUGAGUCAGCUGGAUGCUCAGCCAUAUCUGGGAGACAUCAAAGCUCCUAUGUUGAUUUUGUCGCCUACAAACAGUGCUCUUGUGAGCGUUGAAUCCAUGAAAAAGCUGACUGCGGAGGUUGCCUUAUCGAAGCUAGCAGUCAUCGAGUCUCAAGGGCAUGAAAUUUACGCUGAGGCUGCAGAGGAUUGUAUUGCAAAGAUUAGGGACUUUCUACGAGAACUUUAG